CCGGCGGGCAGCCUAUGGGGAGGCACCUUGCUGCACGGUGCCCGGCGAGAGGAAGCGCCCGCCGGUGUCCGCCGCGGCCGCCGGCCCCUCGCCCGCCGCCGCCCGGUAUGCGCUGACCCGCCCCGCCCGCCCGCGGCGCGCCCGCACGGCGCCCGCCGCUCCUCCGAGGCGUGAAUGACAGAGGAAGUGCCCCCGACUGCACUUACGGACGUAAACCUGCGUCUUCUCUGCCACAAUGACAUAGACACAGUGAAACAGCUCUGUGGCGACUGGUUCCCAAUAGAGUACCCUGACUCAUGGUACCGGGAUAUCACUUCCAACAAGAAGUUCUUUUCCCUCGCAGCCACAUAUAGAGGCUCCAUCGUGGGAAUGAUAGUGGCAGAGAUCAAGAGCAGGACAAAGGUUCAUAAAGAGGAUGGAGACAUCCUAGCUUCCAAUUUUCCUUUGGACACGCAAGUUGCUUACAUCCUAAGUCUUGGAGUGGUGAAGGAGUUCAGAAAACAUGGAAUAGGUUCGCUCUUGCUUGAAAGUUUAAAAGACCAUAUAUCAACGACUGCCCAGGAUCACUGCAAAGCCAUCUACCUGCACGUCCUCACCACUAACAACACAGCAAUAACCUUCUAUGAAAACAGAGACUUUAAACAGCACCACUAUCUUCCCUAUUAUUAUUCCAUCAGAGGGGUCCUCAAAGAUGGCUUCACCUAUGUCCUGUACAUCAAUGGUGGACAUCCACCCUGGACAAUCUUUGACUACCUACAGCACAUUGGAUCAACGCUGGCCAGCCUGAGCCCGUGUUCAAUUCCCCAGAGGAUAUAUCGACAAGCCCAGAGCCUUCUCUGCAGCCUUCUGCCCUGGUCGGGCAUUUCUGCCAAGAGCGGCAUUGAAUACAGCCGGACGAUGUGACGAGAGCGGAAGGUGUACAGAAGGCAAAGAAUUCUUCUUCCUUUCAUCUCCUGAACCAUCCGGCUCUGCACUGAUGCCAGUGACGACAGCUCUUGAUCAGUGACCCAGCCCCUGGACAGGACUCCUUGUUCCACAGGUUGACCGAGAUUUGGUAGACUUCACACUUGCGGGGCUGCAGCCCUGACUUACCCCCGUGGCCUCGAGCCCGCGAGCGCUGCCCGGGCAGGCCUGGCUGUGCCCCGGCUGAGGGCCCUUUGCAUCACCACUCUGUGUGCAUGUUGCACUGUCCCCGCCACUUCCCUUGCCUCUGGUUUGCUCCCAUUUGUAUAUGUGAUGUAGAGGGGUUCAGCUGCUGCUUCCACGCUAUGGCUACUGAAAGCAGCGUGAAUGAGGUUAAUGAAGCUGUGCUGACCAUGUAAAUGAGCUGUAAGUGCCCUGGCAGGAUUAGUGAUGCCCUUAUUGCUGGGGAAGGGGGGAGUGCGGAUCAUGUCUGGGUCCUGCCAGGUCAGGUGCGGGUGCUUCCUGCGGGUAACCUCCAGGGAGGGCACUGCCUUGCAUGAAAACCACCCAGCCCCGCCAGCCCUCCAGAGUGACUUACAAAGCAGCAUCUAAUUCAGGAUGCAUCAAGUAGAAGGCAGGGAAUGAAAUUGCUAUUUCAUAGUGAAAUAUAUAUAUAUUAUACUGUAUAGAUCUUUCUGCCUUUGUCCAAGUUGGAAUGUAGCAGGGGAGGGAAGGUGGGGUGUAGAACUGCUGCAGCUAGAGCCCUGCUCCUCCACUGCAUGCACCCUCCCUCAGCCCCGGGGCUGGACUCUGCAGGCUCUUUAGGGAUGAGAUCUGUGCACAGAUCACAGCAGCUUCUUGCUGAAAACCCCCUGAGCUGCUCACUGUUGUGCUCCAGGCCAUGGUCGGGCACCCCUGGGGCAGUGCCAGCGGGCAGUGUCGUGGUGGCUGUCCCCUGCUUGUCCAGCUGUGUCCUGGCUGCAGGACCCUCCAUGGGCAGGCCAGCCUGGGGCUGGGUCUCAGCUCACUAUAGCAGUUAACAUCCAGCCUGGGCCCCUGGGCUGGCACUUCCCAGGGCUGUUCUGGUUGGGGGUGCUGGUCCCUCUUCUGGGAUCAAAGAGGUCUAACUCAGUCACUGACAGAAGGCAGAAAGGUCUCCAUGAGGAUGGCCAAGCUUGAAGCUGUUGGAGUCCAUACUUGGAGACCUUCAAGCCCUGGGAAGCUGGGGCUGACCUUGGUGUGGGCCUUGCUGAGGCGAGAAGUCCCUUCCACCCCAUCCUCUGGAUCAGCAGCAUGAGCAGCUGGGUGCAUUGCAGCAGUUUUGGGAUGCAGUUUUGUAGCAGAGGACCCACAACGGGGCAGGGAGCUGCAGCCUGAGCUGAAAGCUUCAGCUGAGGUACCUCUCUUGGGGUUUUAGCUGGGUCACAGGGUGGGAGAGGAGCUCUGCUGCCAUGGCUGGGACAGCCUGGGGCGUUCACACUUUGGCUGUCCCCAGUGCUCCUCUCGCAGCCUGGCUGGGUCCUGCUGCCAGGGCAGGGGCCACAGUGCUUUCCAUGGGGAGACCCGAGGCACCCUUCCAGCCUUAUUAUCUUACCACGUUUUGAGGGUUUUUUUUGCUUAUCCACUUUUUACUUAAACAUGUCUAUUGGUUUGCAAGUUUCUUUAGGAGCUCAAGGCCCUGGUUUUCCUCAGCAUUUGCUUUCUCUGGACCAGAACGCCUCUCUUUCUCUCCUGAUUCCCUGGCACUGGUGUUCCCCCCUCUCCACCCUGCCCGUUACACAACCCAGCUCCACUGCUGCAGUUCUUGGGCGCGCCCCGAGGGGAGCUGUGACUGGUGUGUCCUCUGCUGCCCUGCCCCGAGGUGCAGCCACCUUACCGAGGAGCGCCAUGCUGUCACCAUUGGCCUCUCUAAACGUCUUCAAUUAAACCAAACCUCUUUCCUGA